ACCGUGUACUGCAUGAACGAGGCGGAGCUGGUGGACGUGGCGCUGGGCGUGCUGGCCGAGAGCUUGCAGCGUAAGGGAGCUGAGAAGAAGGCCUACAGCGAGAGCCAGGAGGAACAGGACCUUCAGCAGGUGGAACAGGAGCUCCAGGCAGCACCAAGCCAGGCUCCCGGAGGCACAGCCAGCAUGGAGGAAGGCAGCAACCGCAGCCCGGGCCCCCCAUCUUCUUCUGGUGCCAGCACAGAUGCAGAAAGGACUGGCCUUGAUGACUCUGAUGAUGAUGCUCUGAAAUACGUCAGGGAGAUCUUCUUCACUUAGCAUUGCCUCUACACAGCUGUGCAGGCAAGGACAGGAUUAGGAAGGCACAGCCCUCAGAGAGGGCAUUCCUUGGUCACGUGUCAGGCAGUGUCCUGCUGGUCUCCCUUAACCUCACAUCUUGUCACUGUGACACUGCAAACCCUCACAAACAGCAAUAAAGGGAAUGAAGGAAUGCAGUUACUGUGCAUACUCAAGGGUGGCGAAAUAUGCUGGACACUAAUAGGAGCCUGAGCUGAGUCUGAGCAAAUUGUGAGCUCCAAGCUUGCGUUGGAUGGGGCUGAACACAGGGCAGUAAAGAAGGGGCUGCAUACUUGAUAUGGGCAUGAAUUGCCUGUCAGCUAAGCUGUGGACCAGCAGCCCACCUGUAAGUGGGAUUCUUCUGAUGCUAGCUGCUGGAAAAGACAAGGUUCAGCUCGUGGUGAGAACAUCCCGAGGAAGAUCGAGACCAGCAAGGUGGUUCAUGUGAUGUGGGUAAGAGUGGUAACUCAUGCACCCAUGUUACUUGGAAUAAAGAUUUGAAGAAACAAAUUCUUUUGUAAGUACCUGCUUACCUUCAGUGGAGAAGAACUAAAUAAACUUUUUUUCUUGUUUUUA